UUUCUCCUUUUUACUUCCUACUCACCCAAAAAUAAGUUGGCCCGCUUUCACUCCUGAAAACUUGUGUAAGGCUCCCUGCUCUGAGCUUCCCCCUCUUCGAGCCUCCCUUUGUUCUCUCUAUGUGAGCAACCCUCGAGGAAGAGAAAGCCGGUGAAGCCUGUGAAAACCCUAGGUCAAAGAAGAGAAAGUCGCCCACACCGCCUUCACUCCAUCGCCAUUAUCCUAGAGCUUGAAGAGAUUUAUAACAGAGCUUGAAGAGAUUAUGGCUGAGAAGGCGGGUUCAGGUAGAGAGCCAGCAAAUGAGCAAGCAAUCGCUACUAUGUAUGGAGCCAUGCGCACAGAGAUCAACCAGCUAUACACAAAGAUAACGGAAUUAGAGAUGGAGGUUAGUGAGCACUCUCUUGUUAUUGGGGCAAUUGAGCCCCUCGAUCCAUCGAGGAGAUGCUAUAGAAUGAUUGGUGGUGUUUUGGUAGAGAGAACGGUGAAAGAGGUUUUGCCUGCUGUGAAAAGGAACAAAGAGGGGAUUGAGGAGGUGAUUAAGAGGUUAGUGGAAGCUUUGGAGAAGAAAAAGAAAGAGGUGGCUGAGUUUGAGUCUAAGCAUAAGAUCAGAAUUAAGAGACCAGAUAGUGAGGCGAGAGAGGAGGGUGGGCGCAAGGAAGGGGCAGCCCAAGGGGUCCUUGUCGGCCCGGCAGGCGGGAACGAAUGAUGAGUCACUCUCUCUCUGUUUCUCUCUCUCCAUGCGUGUGUGUUCUCAAGGACUUGAUGUUUGUCUAAUGGGAGAGGAAGGAGAGCUCAUCUUUUAUGUUGGGUUUUGGAGAUGAGUUUCUCUCUUCCUGUCGGUGUGCGUACAAUACAAAAUGCGUAAAUUUUUUGUAGAAGCAAAAGGUAGGGCAUUUUUUAUGUUUGUACAAUAUUAAUUUUGCGAGUACCCAGGUGCUUACACCUUGAAGAACUUCUCAAUUGAGUGAAGAAUGAAGUAGGCCGGGUUUGAUAGUGGAUAA